GGCGGGCCUUUCCUGUCCGCUGCUACAGGGAUACCAAGAUGGAAAUCCAGGGGCUUUCUGGUGCCCCAAACAUUCACAUUCAACAUGGCGCCCUGCACAGGACCGCUCUGCCUCCUCUCCAAUCAGCGAUACCUUUCUUUAUUUCAACCAGAAACGAAGCGGAUGGACUAUUGGGGCAGCCGGAGCCACAAAGUGACAAUAACAACAACACCACCAGGCCGGGGACGUCACCGUUUCACCUACUGGCGGAAAAUGGCAGCGGAGCGGCUGGUUCGCCUUUCUGCAAACCGCAAGCCACCGAUAAAACAAACGCACCGGGCAAUGGACCGAAUGACGGACUUCAUAACAUGAACGCGGAGAAAGAGAACGAGCUGGAUGCGUUCCUCGGUUCGUUUGCAAGGACUGCCUGGAAAUACGGGGUGGACAGCGGGGACAGCGUAAUGCAAAUGGCGCUGCCUCUGUUCGACGGGGAAGAGGAGCCGACGCCACAGAGAGGCUUCACGUUACCGGAUCCAGCUUUACGGCAGCAGCGCGAGGACGGCGCCUUCAAGCAGCCCUCCCUGCUGAGCCACGGCGCUGCGGUGCCCGGGAGCUUCACCGGGGCGGAAAAAACCUCCCACGAGCCGUGUGUUGUUUCUAAUGUCAGCGGGGAAGCGAGUAAACGGCGACCGGACGUGUCCCCGGAGCGCGGCGACCGAGUGAAAGGUAACGUCAAACCCCCCGGGUGGUCUAAUGCGAGUCCCUCCGGCUCCAUGGAGGUUGUAAACGGCACCGACGUUAUUCCUAAUGAAGCCAAUGACAACUUGAGCUGUCUCGAGACCCUAAACCUGAAAAAAGCCGACCAUGUUUUAAACUUGCUAAACGACAGCGGCACCGCGGGUUCCGCCAAACAGACCGCAUUUCACCACACCGUCGAAGACGUUGUUUUGACGAACAAAUAUGGCGAUAAGAUCUGUGGGCAGAUUUGCACCGAAAACAAUGGAGGUAAACCGGCCCGGGAGCUCUCGCAGCACUCGCGUGUGGGCGAGAGCGGCGCCCUGAUUUCGGGCGGCUCGGCCGCCGCGGAAGUCAUGGACACCGCGGACUUCGCGUCCGAGUCGGCGGGGCCGCGGGGCGGCGCGGACCCGGCCGCGGCCUCCGCGAGCCCGCCCGCCAGCGAGACCUUUUCCGGCACCAUCACCAUCAACAACCAAAGCAUCAUCGUGACGAUCGAGAACGGGAUACUGACUCUCGCGGCCCCGCCGGAGGGUUACGUGCACAAGGAGGACGACAUGGUGAGCCUGAAGGAGCACCUGGGCAUGAAAGACCACGAGGACAUUGUUCUUCUCAACUAUGACAGUGGCUCUAAAUCCAUCGGGAAGAUCAGCACCCUGGCGGUGUCCAGCGCCGGCCAGCAGGAAGAGCCCCGGCCCGGCCUGUCCGCCAGUGACUGCGAGCUGGCUCCGGUGGACGACUGCUCGCUAUCGGAGCUCGGAACAUCUCUGGACUCCUGUCCCUUGGUUAAGCAGGAGGUGGGGACGCUGUGCGCCGUAACAGAGGCUGAUGCGGUCACACUGUCCCCCAAAGCGAACGUGGCAGACUGCGACACCGGGGAGUUCCAUUCCGGGCCGCUGGUGCGGUCCAAGAAGGAGGCCGUGGCUGCCUUCGGGUGCCCCGAACCGGCCUGCUGCAGUAUCUUCAAUACACGCCAGAAACUUAAGGUUCACCUCCUGCACCACGCCGAGGACCCGCGUCCCUACCAGUGCACCGUGGAGGGCUGCGGCUGGGCCUUCGCCACCUCCUACAAGCUGAAGCGCCACCUGCAGUCCCACGACAAGCAGCGGCCGCACACCUGUCUGUUCGAGGGUUGCGGGCGGUGCUUCACCACGGUCUACAACCUCAAGGCUCACGUCAAAGUCCACGAGCAGGACAACGCCUUCAUCUGCGAGAUCUGCAGCGAGAGGUUCCGCAGUGCCAUGCGACUCACCAAUCACCAGAGGGUCCAUUUUGAGCCGCAGAGGCCCCACAAGUGUGAAUAUCCAGGCUGUGAGAAAACCUUCAUCACCUUCAGUGCCCUGUUCUCUCACAAUCGCACUCACUUCAGAGAAACGGGCCAUUUCACCUGCACCUACCCGGGCUGUGACAAGACCUAUGACAAGGCCUGUCGUCUCAAAAUCCACAUGAGAAGUCACACCGGUGAGAGGCCAUUUGUCUGUGACUCGGAGGGCUGCGGCUGGUCCUUCACCAGCAUGUCGAAGUUGCUCCGACACAAACGGAAACACGAUGAUGACCGACGCUUUGUCUGCACAGAGGAGGGUUGUGGGAAAUCCUUCACCCGGGCCGAGCACCUCAAAGGUCACAGUAUCACCCAUCUGGGUACAAAACCCUUCCAGUGCCAUGCAGAAGGCUGUAAUGCAAAGUUCUCAGCACGCAGCAGCCUGUACAUCCACUCCAAGAAGCACAAGCAGGACGCCAGCACCCUGAGGACUCGCUGCCCUGUGGCCAACUGCUCCAAGCACUUCUCCACCCGCAGCAGCCUUAAGAGCCACAUGCUCAAACACCACCACCUCAGUCCUGAUGUUCUCAGCCAGAUGGAGACCACGCCCACCCUGACCCCCAGCAGCGAGCUCAUCAGCUCUACCCCGACAACGGUUGCCGGGCCCGGGCCCUGCAUUGCGGGGGUUGACCAGCUGACCAACCUGGACCUCAGCUCUCUCUUCUCUGCUGUGCCUGGUGGUGCUGCACCCUGUGCCGGCAUCGGGGUGGGGAUGCCCGUGUCGGGGAGCAGCUGUAACGGCCCUUUCACCAUGGACCUCUCCCUGGUCAGCUCAGGCAUCCUCACCAUCGACCCCUCUGUCGGCCCCGCUCUGGUCUCUGGGACUAGUACGGCACUGGCCAAAGCCGUGGAUCCUCUAAUCCUGGCCGCCAAUGCCGACAUGGGCCCCCACCACGGUUUGGAAGGAUCAGUGUGUGACGUCCUGCCCCCACAAGGCACUCUAAAUCUGAAUGACGUGCAGACAGUUACCCCGGAGGCCCUUGGACCCCUCACGGCUCUCACCAUGCAGGGUGCCGGCACCUCCGUGGACCCCACCCUGCAGCACCCGCUCAGCAUCUCCAGCGCCCUGAGCGUGGAGCCAACCGCGUCCAUGGCGGUGGCUCCUGUUACCCAGCUGCUGGCCUCGCCCUCCAAGGCGGAGGAGGUUGUGGUCCAAGGCGGAGCGGGGCCUCUGCUGGGCUGCGUGGAGGUGCUUGGAUCUCAGGAAGGAGGGAAAGUCCUCACGCAGUUUGGUUUCCCCGCUCACGGCAGCAGCUUCAGCCCACAGAAGGAACAGGAACUCGGUGCAGUUUCACCGAGCAGCUUCCUGGAGAGUGGCGGCUCGGCUCGGACAGACUACAGAGCCAUCCAGCUGGCCAAAAAGAGGAAGCAAAUCGGUCCUUCGGCCUCUUCUGGGCCUUCGGGAUCCAGUCAGAGGAAGACUAAAGGGCCGAAGGCAGCUUUGGCUCCCUCUGCUGUCCGUUAUAGUGAAGGAGCGGCAGCAGCCAACGGGGGCUUGACCCUGCGUGACCCCGUCACCGGGGCCCAGUACGUCCAGAUUCAGCUGCUGCAGGACGAUUCCGCCAGUGACGGGGACCUCGCCUUCCAGCUGAGCUCUCAGCCCUCCAGCUCCCACUCUCAGCUCACUGCUGACCUACCUGUCAACAUCUUACAGGAACCGUCGGUGAUGACGGAGGACGACAACGGCUCCGACAACUCCCAGUUCACAGGAAGCACCAUCAACCUUCAGGACCUGGAGUGACGACGAAGCUCAGUUUACACCGACAUGCGGCCGCCGGUUGGGACGCGUGGUUCACGCGUCUGGCGGAGGCCACUGACAACGCACUUUGACUAAAAGGACACAAGGGUUUGUUUCUUCAGGAGAGUAUUUAGUGUUUAUAAGUCCUCUUUGUACCUAAAUCGAACUUGAGGACAUUCUCAUGCAAAAGACACAUGCGAGGGGCUCCUAUUGGUAUCCAUAGUAACUGUUUUUGUUCCAUGGUGUCACAUUGCCACUCAUACAUGCGCACACACACACAAACACACAGUGCGCUGUCUCCGCUCCAGUUGCCUUACAGACAGCUUGCGCUGUGCAUUCCUUCUAGCUUACUUCUGUUGCCCUGUUUGAUUUCAUUUUCUGUACGUAUGUAUUACUACCUUCUUGUAAUAAUUGUUUUUUUAUUUAUUGUUUAGCUGUGUAUUUACAGAAUGGCAGAGCCAAACACGGCUGAAUUAAAGCACAAUCAGUUGAAGUUCUC